CCUUCAUUAAAAUAAACAACAAAAACAAUUUUAAAAAACUUCGAUUCUCUCUUAUCACUAGCACCUUGUUUUCUUUUGGUUGGUGCCCAACAACUCUUUAAAAUUCCCACUCAAGCAUUGGGCUCCUUUUCAUUUUAUCAGAUCAUAAGAUUUUUAACCAUCUCCCCCCCAAAAUUUUCAUUUGGAUUUCUGGGUUUUUCUUCUUUUGAUUGAUAAUAUUAAGAUGAAAUUUGGUGAGACUUUUAAGGAAUAUUUACAUGGUGAUCAAGAAUGGUUUUUAGAUAAAGUAUCUCAUGUUGAAUACAAAAGGCUUAAAAAAGUAUUGAAAAGUUGCAGAAGCUGUAAAGCGUUACAUGAGGGUAAUAGCACAAUAGAUCAAACAGAUGGUGAACAACAACAAAAUCCCACAUUUUCUCGAUUUUGUCAAUGCCAAUCUUGCCCAGUGUGUGAUCAAAUGUUCUUCACUGAAUUAAUGAGGGAAGCAACAGAUAUAGCUGGAUGCUUUAGUUCCCGAGUCCGACAUCUCCUCCAUCUUCACGUCCCCAGAGGGAUGCAGCGGUAUGUUUUGCGGUUACGCCAAUGCUUCAAAAACGACCAACAAGCUUUAGUGGAAGAAGGGCUGAUGUUAAUCGAGUAUAUCACGAUGAAUGCAAUCGCCAUCCGUAAAAUCCUCAAGAAGUAUGAUAAAGUACAUAGCUCUGCUAAUGGGAAGAACUUCAAGUCCAAACUGAGGGCCGAACAUUUGGAGCUUUUGCAAUCACCAUGGCUGAUAGAAUUAGGAGCUCUUUCGUUGAAUUUCAAAGGAUCAGAUGACGGUGAAGCGUUCAUUCAGUUUUCCGGCUCGUUUUCGUGCAACCUUGAUGAAAUGGAACCAGUGAUGACGUUGAUACUUCCGCAUUCAAUAAAGCUGGAAUACAACUUAAAGUGUGCUAUUUGCUUGGAAAUUGUUUUCAAUCCAUAUGCUUUGAGUUGUGGUCAUCUUUUCUGCAAAUCAUGUGCUUGCUCAGCUGCUUCUGUGAUGAUCUUUCAAGGACUUAAAGCCUCGAGCCCGGAUUCAAAGUGUCCCAUCUGUCGAGAGGCUGGAGUUUAUGCUAAUGCGGUGCACAUGCUAGAGCUGGAUCUUCUGAUUAAGAAAAGGCACAAAGAUUAUUGGAAAGAAAGGGCGAUUGCAGAACGUGCAGAGAUGGUGAAACAAUCUAAGGAGUACUGGGAAUCUCAAACCAAAUAUGUGGUGGGCUAUUAACUAGCAUUUCUAUUUUUAAAAAUGACGCCAAUGAUGAAUAUGUUUAGCUUUCCAUUAAGCUAUGGAAAACAGUGUUAGGCUUAGCUUAGCUUUAGACGUAUUUGAGCUUUUGAAUAAUUUUAUUCGAAUUAUUAAUUUUUUUAUGAACAAGAUUAAUUAUUGAAUGAAGAUUGCGGGUUAAGGGUAA